AUGACUGCAAUCAAGCAUGCUUUGCAGAGGGAUAUUUUCACUCCCAAUGAUGAACGUUUGUUGAGCAUUGUGAAUGUGUGCAAAGCGGGCAAAAAGAAGAGAAACUGCUUUUUGUGUGCCACAGUGACAACAGAGCGACCAGUGCAAGUAAAUGUGGUAAAAGUGAAAAAAUCUGACAAGGGAGAUUUCUACAAAAGGCAGACUGCAUGGGCACUUCGAGAUCUUGCUGUCGUUGAUGCCAAGGAUGCUGUUAAAGAGAAUCCUGAAUUUGACUUGCAUUUUGACAAAGUGUACAAAUGGGUUGCAAGCAGCACAGUGGAAAAGAACACCUUCAUUUCUUGUAUCUGGAAGCUCAAUCAGAGAUAUCUUAGAAAGAAAAUUGACUUUAUUAAUGUUAGUUCACAGCUUUUAGAAGAACUGCCUAAAGUUGCAGAAGAAUCCGUUCCAAGUGGAGAGAAUCAAAGUGUAGCUGGAGGUGAUGAAGAAGCUGUGGAUGAAUACCAGGAGUUAAAUGCCAGAGAAGAACAGGAUAUUGAAAUAAUGAUGGAAGGGUGUGAAUAUGCUAUUUCUAAUGCUGAACGCUUUGCAGAGAGGUUGUCCAGAGAGCUACAAGUACUGGAUGGGGCAAAUAUCCAGUCAAUUAUGGCCUCGGAGAAACAAGUGAAUAUCUUGAUGAACUUGCUGGAUGAAGCUCUGAAGGAAGUUGACCAAAUUGAGCUCAAGUUGAGCAGUUACGAAGAAAUGCUUCAGAGUGUAAAAGAGCAAAUGGAUCAGAUUUCAGAAAGCAACCACCUUAUCCAUCUCAGCAACACAAAUAAUGUGAAACUACUGUCAGAGAUAGAGUUCUUAGUGAAUCACAUGGAUUUGGCUAAAGGUCACAUAAAGGCCCUUCAGGAGGGAGAUCUGACAUCUUCUCGAGGCAUUGAGGCCUGCACUAAUGCAGCAGAUGCCCUUCUGCAGUGUAUGAAUGUAGCUCUUCGUCCAGGGCAUGAUAUGCUUCAUGCGGUGAAACAGCAACAGCAGCGGUUUAGUGACUUGCGUGAGCAAUUUGCACGAAGACUUGCCAGUCAUUUGAACAGUGUCUUUGUAAUAUUAUUUCUUACUUUUACUCAGACCCUCCUUCAACUCUAUAACAGGUCCUACUCUGUUUCAGUUCCAGGCCAUGAUCAGAGUUCCACUCUUGCCCAACACUCUGCUGAAUUGACAUUACCCAAUCACCAUCCAUUCCACAGAGAUUUACUUCGUUACGCUAAACUGAUGGAGUGGCUCAAGAACACAGAUUAUGGAAAAUAUGAAGGACUAACAAAGAAUUAUAUGGAUUAUUUAUCACGACUAUAUGAAAGGGAAAUAAAAGAUUUCUUUGAAGUUGCCAAGAUCAAGAUGACAGGCACAACCAGAGAAGGAAAAAAGUUUGGUCUUCAUGGCAGUUCUGGAAAACUGACUGGGUCUACUUCCAGCCUAAAUAAACUCUCUGUUCAGAGUUCUGGAAACCGUAGGUCUCAGUCAUCCUCCCUGCUGGAUAUGGGAAACAUGUCUGCCUCUGACCUUGAUGUGGCUGAUAGAACCAAGUUUGAUAAGAUUUUCGAGCAAGUAUUAACCGAACUAGAGCCUCUGUGUCUGGCAGAACAGGACUUCAUUAGUAAAUUUUUCAAACUACAGCAACAUCAGAGCAUCUCAGGAACAACGAAUGAGGCAGAGGAAAUGGAUGGAGGAAAUUUAACUCGUUCAUACGCUCCUGGUGUUCCACAAACGAUAGCAUCUGAGAAGGACAUGAUCCGACAAAUGAUGACAAAAAUAUUUCGUUGUGUUGAACCUGAGCUCAAUAAUCUUAUAGCACUGGGGGACAAGAUUGAUAGCUUUAAUUCCCUUUAUAUGUUAGUUAAGAUGAGUCAUCAUGUAUGGACAGCACAAAAUGUGGACCCAGCUUCCUUUCUCAGCACAACGCUUGGAAAUGUUUUGGUGACUGUCAAAAGGAACUUUGAUAAAUGCAUUAGUAAUCAGAUGAAGCAGAUGGAUGAAGUAAAAAUCUCCAAGAAGAGUAAAGUUGGUAUCCUUCCGUUUGUUGCUGAAUUUGAAGAGUUUGCAGCCCUCGCUGAAUCAAUUUUCAAAAAUGCAGAACGACGAGGAGAUCUAGAUAAAGCCUACAUAAAACUUAUUAGAGCUGUUUUUGUCAGUGUUGAGAAAGUAGCUAAUGAAAGCCAGAAAACACCCAGAGAUGUGGUCAUGAUGGAGAACUUCCAUCAUAUUUUCGCAACGCUUUCUCGCUUGAAAAUUUCUUGUCUUGAGGCUGAGAAAAAAGAAGCCAAGCAGAAGUACACAGAUCAUCUUCAGUCUUAUGUAAUCUACUCGCUUGGACAGCCUCUUGAGAAAUUAAAUCAUUUUUUUGAAGGUGUUGAAGCUCGUGUGGCACAAGGUAUACGAGAAGAGGAAGUAAGCUAUCAGCUGGCUUUUAAUAAACAAGAGCUUCGUAAAGUUAUAAAGGAAUAUCCUGGGAAGGAAGUGAAGAAGGGAUUGGAUAAUCUGUACAAGAAGGUGGAUAAACAUCUCUGUGAAGAGGAAAACUUACUUCAG